UAAAUCUGUCGAAUGGUUAAUAAACCGUGCUGAAAUCUUAAAUAAUUGCUAAGUGCUGCAAAAUUGCGAAGAGAGCUCAGCCGAUACUAUGCACUGCUAUUAAAAUUACUUCUGUUUAUUCGCUUGAAAAGAGCAUUUUAUCCAUCAACUGCUGAAAUAUUACAGCGCCGAAGAAACAGUUUUCUGCGCAGCCUUUACUUGGGUCGUCACGCAAUGCUUCUCCGUUAGGAGAAGCGUUGCGUGACUGAGAGAAUAAAUACAGGUAUUCUGUUUCAGAAUGCAGCAUGUAGCACACGUCUGCACGCGAACGACUAUAAGUUACGUCCUGUUCGUGUUAAUGUAUGCGACAAGUGAAAUUCCGAAAGAUAAAACCCCGAAAGCUUUACCAGCAUAUUACCACGAAAUUUUCAGCAUUUAGGGAAACAUUUUACAGUACCGUGGAAUUUAAGCCUGGGUAGCAAUAGCCUGGGCACAUCGGACACCGUCGCCUCAAAAAAAUUAAUGGGGGAUUUUUUUGGAGGGGGGAAUCCCCGAUUUUUUUUAUGUACACAGGCUAGACAGCAAGCGUUUCCGUACGAACCAAAAGAGCGCUUUUCCUCAAGCUGUCAUCGCUCACCCCACCACCCCUCUCCACGUCGAUUUUGUGCUCUCAUCCUAACAAACUUUCGCGGGACUAGCAACAGGCGAUAGAUAAAUUCAGCUUCUUUGGCCUCCCUUUAAACACCAGUUUAUUUUUCUCUCUGUAGGUGGAAAAGCGAAGAUUACUGAAAUUACCUACACCAGCCGAUCGUAAAACGACAGACGCUAGAAUCAGUCAUCGCUGGCUUCCAAAACCACUGCAGCGCACAAAUGAAAUCGACCUGACAUCUUUCCAAGGGGAGAAACCCAGUUUAAAGCUCAAGACAGAGUACUAAAAAUUUUCAAGUGUUUGUCAUUUAACCAGUUGUAAAAGGGCAAAAAGAGUAAUCGAGGACGGCGGCCUUACUCAACAAAAAAUAGUUUUUAUUCACCCCUUCUCAACAAAUCUUGCGAGGUCACAGGUGUUGGUUUCGUCGCAAACACGGAGAACAACGUCAAAGAGAAAUAAAUGGCUGAUUGUCUUUCACGGAGACUCUGUAUUGUAAACAGGAAACCUUCACCCUACCGCGUUACUGACGAUGACGUCAACAGAUGGCAUCAUUACAUCCUGGAUAUCACGGAUAACGCUAGCACAUCUGUGUGUCGCAUUCUCGUAACCCCUCGCGUUCACCGCCAUUUGAUUCUUUACGACCCCACGAAACUGGGAGGGCCCUGGUACUGGGACCUAGCGAAUGACGAACAUUACUGCUUGCAUAGAGUGCUGGGAUACGAUGGCGCAGAGCGUUCCUUGGUGACCGAAUUUUGGCGGGAAUCGGAAUUCGUUGGCUUAACAGUCCCAGCCCCUGACCGGAGCGUGAUAAGUGACAUCGAGUUCAUCAAGCCUGCAACAUCUCGUACAGCUAACGGAGACAUUGAUGACGCGGAGCUUCAUGUUCUCUCCUGGUUUCACAGUCAAUCAGAAUGUUCUCUCCUGGGUUCACAGUCAAUCAGAAUGUUCUCUCCUGGGUUCACAGUCAAUCAGAAUGUUCUCUCCUGGGUUCACAGUCAACCAGACAAGUUCAUGAGAAGUCUGGAGGGUGUCAAAGAUUUGGCGAAGACUCGCCUUCAGUUAGCCCUACAAGAGGCGCUAACACAGCUUCCAUCCAUUACUAAACAUUUUGACCAAACGUUCGAGGCCAACACCAUUUACGCGCACAACGAUGCCGUUGCCUCGCUAGCCGCACACUCACCCCCUCGGGGUACUCUUUGUAACGAGGUACAGAUUUCAAGCAGUUAAGUUUCUGUGAAAGCGUGCUUGGGGUUACAGUGCCAAACUAAAAGUUUCAGUUACCAAAGGGAAUACCUUGUUGGUAAUCCUGUGAGCCUGCAAUCUCUUUUCCAGUGGCUGAAAGAUUAGAAGAAGAGUGUACUGAAUAUAUUAUCUUGAACAGCAGAAACAUUCAAACAGGAGCGUUGAAAGCCCCAGUAUUUAUUAACUCGAUUCUAAUCACUGAGAGCGGCUUUCAAUUGAGUGUCGUAACACCAAAACCAAAGUAAUCAC